AUGGAUGGAAAUAACGGAUGGGGGCGCGACGAUGGAAUCGUGAUGAUUCUUCCUGAUUUCUCCGAUGAUGUCCCCUCCGAUGGGUUUGAUGUUCAUGGCGGCGGCGCUGAUUAUAUUGUUCAACCCACUGCGCCUAAUCAACCAUCGAAGGACAACCCUUCCUUUGUCUCGGCGGAUGUAAACCCGGUCGGCGUUCCCCAUUCCUCCGGCGAUGUCGAUGGACGAGUUGGAAUCUUGCCCGUAAUCGAUGAUCGGACCAGAAGAAACAGUUCUUUGAACGCUAAAUCUUCCAAGAAGAAGAAUGGUUAUUAUCAUCGUCGGAAUGGAGAGAAGAAGGAACGUCUCAUAUGGACGCCAGAGCUUCAUCAAUGUUUUCUUGAAUAUUAUAACCAAUCUUCGAACCAGAAGCGAGUUCCGAAGAAGAUUUUGGAGGAGAUGAGACGGAAAUUUCCAUACGUUACGCGAGAAAACGUUGCGAGCCAUCUUCAAAAACAUCGAUUAUAUCUUAAACACUCGAACAACAAAGAAGAGGAAAAGUUAUCAAAACCCUCCACCAAAUCAGUACCUCGCAAACAGAUCAAUGAAGAAUCCAAUAUCCAUCAAAUUCUCAAUAACACAGCCAUUUCCACUUGCCCUAAUGCUAUUCUUCCUCACCAAAGCCAUUCAAUUUCCAUAAACCCUAAUACACAGCCACCUCUCCAAACCCAUACUCUUCAAGAACCAAUGCAAAAUCAAGUCUUUUCUCAAUUUGAUGAUACCCAUCUUAUAGAACAAGACAUAGUGUUGAUGCCAUCUUCGUUCGACCCGUGGAACGAUCUUCCCUAUUCGAAUACGAUGAAUGUCAUUGACCCUUUUGGAGGGCAAUCAUCAAAUGCAGCUUCAUGUUUACCUGUUAUGGUUGACAAUUUUACUCCUCCAAUGCUAUCUUAUCAUCAAUUAGUGAUAUCUAACAUUGAUGGCAAUGGUUAUGGCAAUGACAAUGGUAAUAGCUUUCAUCCUAUGAUGGGUAACACUUUUGGAGGUUUGAGUAUCAAUAAUUACUCCAAUGGUGCUCUCCCAAACACUGUUGAUUAUAACAUGAAUUACCAAUUGGAUAAUGUUCAAUUUCAUGAUAUCAACGAUAUCUAUGCUCUUGGAAACUAUCCUGAUUCUUUGCAGUUCGAUUAUCCUCUGAAUUUCAAUUUCCAAAACGAGUUGCAGGUGCAAGAUUUUGAUCAAGCUGUUCAAUCCAUGUUAUAUCCACCAGCUACUCAUCUAAUAAUCAAGAGGAAGGACACUAUGAAUGAAAGAACGAACGAAGAACGCGAGCGAUGGAUGGAUGAACGGAUGGGGGCGACGAUGGAAUUGGUUGGUCUUAGGUUUUAG